ACGGCAACAAUGUGCAAAUUGCGUCGUAUAAAAAAAUUUCAAUUGUUUCAAACAGAACUCCAUGGUUGACCAACCCUGCAAGCAAGGCAAGGCAAGUUUCAAGUAAAACCAGAUAUGGGUGGUUGCCUCACAAAAAACAAAGAUCCAAUGCCCCAACAUAAUGGCUAUAGAUCAGGAGCAACAACUACAGCUGCUGUUCAUCAACAAAGAUACCAGGACACUGUUAGGCCUGCACCAAUUCAACCCCGGGUCUACCACAUCCCUCAAAAGCCAGGGACUCAAACACCAUGGAAGCCUGCUGUUCCAGCACCAAGUCCCAAGCCUGCCCCUAAUAUUGACACAAUCCUAGGCAAACCAUUUGAAGACAUAAGGAUGCAUUACACAAUUGGUAAAGAACUGGGAAAAGGUCAGUUUGGUGUAACUUAUCAUUGUACCGAGAAUUCAACUGGUAAACAAUAUGCUUGCAAGACUAUAUCCAAGAGGAAGCUAGUGAGAAAGAAUGAUAAGGAAGAUAUGAAAAGGGAGAUACAAAUUAUGCAACAUUUGAGUGGACAACCGAAUAUUGUUGAGUUUAAGGGUGCUUAUGAGGAUAAGCAAUCUGUUCACCUUGUGAUGGAAUUAUGUGCUGGUGGUGAAUUGUUUGAUAGGAUUAUUGCUAAGGGGCACUAUAGUGAAAGGGCAGCGGCUUCUAUAUGUAGGGCUAUUGUUAAUGUUGUCCAUGCUUGCCAUUUUAUGGGUGUGAUGCAUAGGGACCUUAAGCCUGAGAACUUCUUGUUGUCUAGUAAGGGUGAGAAUGCCCUUUUGAAGGCCACCGAUUUCGGGUUGUCAGUGUUCAUUGAAGAGGGUAAGGUUUAUCAGGACAUAGUUGGGAGUGCUUUCUAUGUUGCUCCUGAGGUUUUACUGCGUAAAUAUGGGAAGGAGAUCGAUAUUUGGAGUGCAGGAGUUAUACUGUAUAUCUUACUCAGUGGUGUGCCUCCAUUUUGGGCAGAAACUGAGAAGGGAAUAUUUGAUGCUAUUUUGGAAGGAGAAAUUGACUUUGAAAGUCAGCCAUGGCCAUCUAUUUCGGACAGUGCCAAGGACCUAGUCUGCAGGAUGUUAACACAGGACCCGAAAAAGCGGAUUACUUCUACUCAAGUCCUAGAGCAUCCGUGGAUAAGAGAAGGUGGAAAUGCAUCGGACAAGCCACUAGACAGUGCGGUCCUUUCUAGAAUGAAGCAAUUCAGAAGAAUGAACAAACUUAAGCAACUUGCCUUAAAGGUCAUUGCAGAAAAUCUUUCCACAGAAGAAAUCCAAGGCCUGAAGCAGAUGUUUGCAAACAUCGAUACUGACAACAGUGGCACAAUCACGUAUGAUGAACUUAAGACUGGAUUAGCUCGACUGGGAUCUAAGCUCACAGAGACUGAAGUUCAGCAGCUGAUGGAAGCUGCUGAUGUGGAUGGAAAUGGUACCAUUGACUAUAUCGAAUUUAUCACAGCUACAAUGCACAGACAUAGGCUUGAAAGAGAUGAAGAUUUGUAUAAAGCUUUUCAACAUUUUGAUAAGGACAAUAGUGGGCAUAUCACAAGAGAUGAACUCGAAGCUGCCAUGAAAGAAUAUGGAAUGGGUGACGAUGACACAAUCAAGGAAAUCAUAUCUGAAGUCGACACCGAUAAUGAUGGUAAAAUCAACUACGAGGAGUUCCGUGAUAUGAUGAGAAGUGGAACCCAGCAUGGGCAGCUAUUUUAGAUUUUCAAGACUAGAAUUGCAGCAAAAAACAACAGUUGGCUUUUAAGAGAUUUGGAGAUUUCCACCACAUAAGUGUGGUUUUUUCUUUUUUUUUUUUUUUUGAGGGGGGGGGAGGGGGGUUCUUUUUUCUUCAUUUUGAGUGUAAUAUAUUGCAUAUAGAUAUUCAAUCGGAUUUUGAGAGGGGAGAUUGUUUUGCUUAUAUAUAUUUUUCCUUGUUUCUUCAGUUCGGGUUUUCGCCAGAGCGUUGAACUAAAAACCUCAUAGGAUACCUGGCAGUUCACAUACAGUACACUUGUUUUAAACUAAAAACCUCAUAGGAUACCUGGUAGUUCACAUACAGUACACUUGUUUUAUAUGCAUACUAUUAAACUCCGACUAUCUUUCUCUACUGUCCAUAUUCAACAUAUCUCCGGUUAUGGAAAUUUAGAUAUGAAAAGAAAAUAAGGAUAUUUGUGUAAGGCAAAGAUUGAAAGCAAAUAAAUGACCAUUAUUUAUUAUAAAUGAAACUGAAACUCCAACAUCAUAUUCCAUUAGGGUUCUUCCCACACACCAGAGGUAUUAAAAUCAAAAGACAUGACAUCCCUAAAACCACUCAAAAACCAUGAAUCUUGAUUUGCUCUUUCUUCACUAUUCCAGCAUUAACAAGGAAGUGUGCUACUUUCUUCCGCUGAUCACCUUGUAAUUGAAUGAUUUUGCCCAGCUCUUUGUCGUGCACAACAUUCCCGUUACAGCAGAACUCCUUUUUAAGAGACUUAAGGAUCUUAUCGGAACUCAGUUCUUGUUUCAGAC